AUGCGGCCGGCACUCAGGUGUAGACCGCAUGGAAAAUCUCCAGCCCCACCAUCCACAAAGAGUGUCGAGCUACCACGUGAUCACUCAUCGCCCAAAACCGAAAGCGUUUUCGACUACCAUGAAAAAAAUUAUGAGAGCCUCAGUCUGCGCACCAACCACCGUCCCUCCCUAGCCACCGCCGUCUCCACCGCUCCAGACAUCCCAACCCUAGAAAUCGAUUUCCCUUCUCCCUCACAUCGAACAUCGCAGCAACAGACAAUCGGCCUUCGCGCCAAAAAAUACCUAAUUCCACGUCUGCUGUCCCAUAGAAAAUUCGCCCUUGCGAUGCUUCAUCCUUUCUCCGCAGCUGUAAUGAAUGACAUCCACUACUUGCUUAAGAUACGAAGCGGAGUCAACAUCAUUGACCAUUUCACCGGGAAGGCGGAGCGUAGCACCAUAGGGGCAGCAAAGGGAGAACAAGCGACAUCCUCUCUCACCAUGAAGCGGAUUUCGAAUGUAUGGCACCUGGUGGGCAUGACGUCCCUGGGAUUUCUGAAUGAUAUUUCAGGGUCACACAACGUUGCAGGAGUGCGGAAAGAUGGCUGCUAUGGAAUUUUCCGUCUUGCUGGCGUUGGUGAUGACGUUAAACAGGUUGACAACAUUGAUUGCCUAACUGCAUUUUCAACCAUAAAAUCGCAAAAGCCAGCUGAGAAAAGUUCCACUGAGUGGGCACACAUCACCCCCAAAGCUCACUUCCGGAAGGUUGAUCACAUAAUCCUCCGUUCACUUAUAAAAGUUGGCAUUGUCUCCGAAAAAUUGUUGGAUAAUCGUUCAGCCGUGCUUCAAAUGCGACGCGUCGAGCGCCUGAGCCGCAAUUUCGGCCUCAUUUUCUUCGAUCUUUCUUCCGCAGCAGAGGAAGCCGCAGUCCUCCCCUCCACCUCCUCUCCCUCCCGCAGACUGGAUGUUUCUGUGCUCCUAGACACCCUGAAAAAACUCCAGGAAGCUCUCAACACCCUGAUCGAGGGUCAGCUCAGUCCCAACUCGAUCAACCAAAUGAACUCAGUCUUUGAGGAGCUCCAAGAUGCACGCUUAUGGCAGUAUAUUUUCGACCACUCUAUAGCCAGUUCGGAUGAAUGGCAGCUAGUUCGAAAUUUGCGCAACUCAUUUCAUAAACUUAUUGAGGCGAAACUUCUUUGA